AUGGCUCCUUUCUGGACUGCGCUCUGGGCGCUGACUCUUGGCCAAGCCGUGUUCGCCGCGCCGCCACAAGUGGCCUUGGCUCCUCGCGCCAGCAAUGUCGAUAGUUGGUUGGCAUCAGAAACCACCGUCGCCCGACAGGGUAUUCUGAACAAUAUUGGAUCUGCUGGGGCCUAUGCCGCUUCUGCUAAGCCAGGAGUCGUCAUAGCUAGCCCCAGCACCUCGAGCCCAGACUACUACUAUACCUGGACUCGUGACUCAGCCCUGGUGUUCAAGACCCUCAUUGAUAUGUUCAAGAAUGGCGAUACCGCCUUGCUUGAGGUCAUCGAGGAGUACAUCAGCGCCCAGGCCUAUGUUCAAACAGUUUCCAACCCAUCUGGAAGUCUUUCCGGGGGUGCUGGACUGGGAGAGCCCAAAUUCAACGUCGAUGAGACUGCCUUUACCGGUUCCUGGGGUCGUCCUCAGCGUGACGGACCUGCUCUUCGAGCGACUGCGCUGAUAUCCUUUGGUGAAUGGCUUAUUGAUAACGGAUAUACGACAUACGCAACAAACAUUGUCUGGCCAAUCGUACGCAAUGACCUUUCCUACGUCUCUCAAUAUUGGAACCAGACUGGCUACGAUUUAUGGGAAGAAGUGUCAGGCUCUAGUUUCUUCACAAUCGCGGCUCAGCACAGAGCGCUUGUUGAGGGCAGCAGCUUUGCGAGUAAAGUGGGCUCUUCUUGCUCAUACUGUGACUCCCAGGCACCCCAGGUUCUAUGCUAUCUGCAGUCAUUCUGGACUGGAUCUUAUACUCUGGCCAAUUUCGGCGGUGGUCGCACCGGUAAGGAUGCCAACACUAUCCUUGGUAGCAUUCAUACUUUCGACCCUGAGGCUGGGUGCGAUGAUACGACUUUCCAGCCUUGCUCCGCACGAGCCCUCGCCAACCACAAGGCCGUGACGGAUUCUUUCCGCUCCAUCUACACAGUCAACUCGGGGAUUGCUGCUGGUGUUGCUGUUUCUGUGGGCCGAUAUGCCGAGGACUCAUAUUACAACGGAAAUCCCUGGUACCUAUGCACUUUGGCUGCUGCCGAGCAGCUAUAUGAUGCUCUUUACACCUGGAAUAAGAUUGGUUCCUUGACUAUCACGAGUGUCUCCCUUGGCUUCUUCAAGGAUAUCUAUAGCUCUGCGGCUGUCGGUACUUAUACUUCGUCCAGCUCGACCUAUGCUUCUAUUGUGAGCGCCGUGAAGACAUAUGCAGAUGGAUACGUUAGCAUUGUGGAAACCUAUGCCAUGUCAAACGGCUCGCUGUCUGAGCAAUUCUCCAAAUCGGAUGGCAGUCCGCUGAGUGCUCGUGACCUCACGUGGUCCUAUGCGGCUCUGCUGACGGCCAAUGAGCGCCGCAACUCCGUCGUGCCUGCCCCUUGGGGAGAAAUUUCAGCCAGCAGCGUGCCUUCCCAGUGCAGCUCUACUUCAGCCAUUGGCACAUUCAGCACUGCGACCAACACCGCCUGGCCUACCACCCUCACCAGUGGUUCGGGCUCUGGCACUACCGCCACCGGAACUACUACAAAGGCAACCACUACAACCACAAAGUCUACAUCAACAACUUCAACAUGCACUGUCCCUACCUCAGUGGCCGUAACAUUCAAUGUUAUUGCCACGACCGUCUAUGGAGAGAACAUCAAGCUUGCAGGAUCAAUUUCUCAACUUGGAAGCUGGAGUACAAGCAAUGCUAUCGCCUUGAGCGCCUCGAGCUACACCAGCAGCAACCCCCUUUGGUUUGCCACUGCCACUUUGCCCGCUGGUACUACUUUCUCUUACAAGUACAUUCGUGUGGCAAGUAAUGGCGGUAUCACGUGGGAGAGCGACCCUAACCGGUCCUACACUGUACCAGCAGUCUGCGGGACCACCUCGGUCACUAUCAAUGACACCUGGAGAUGA